AUGAACAGCUCACAGCUAACAUGUCUUCCCACAGUACAGCCCGAACGGCGUCAGGGAGGCUUGACCUCUGCUGGCGAAAAACAACCGUCCGUCCUGGUGUCCAUUUUGUCCAAUCUUGUGCAUCCAAGCUCUCACUCCAUCCUUGAUACUUGUCCAAGACAACUCGCCGGCUCGACUGGAGCACGUGGCUUCCCACUGACAAAGUUGCCCCCAUCGGAGAAGUAUCCAUCGGUGUCUCGCGCCUGGACCCAGAUCAAUAUCAUCCCGCUGCCGGAGGCGUUUUUCCGACUGACCUCGCGGAGCUCGUCCGCGGCAAGUGGACAGCGGGCAUCCGCGUUUGCAUUGGCUGCAAUGUUUGCCGCCAGCCAAGUAUCGAUGGGCCCGGGCAAUGAUCGACGCGUGCUCGCGUUGGUUUUCGUCGCGGUGGGCAUCGUCAAGGCGAGAGAUCCUAGGAUCCAGCGACAGUCGCCUCGAGGCGCACGAUCUAUCGUGGCCAAGGUGGACCAAAAAGGCAGGUGUAAAACAAAUAUACUUUCCGUUUGUGGAUCGACGCCCUGGGGCCUCGUCCACAUUCCUCUCACCGUCGAGCGCGCCACAGGCUUCGUUGUGAUGGAGGCGUAUGUCAUCAUCCAGUACCAGCUCUGUGUCACCCUCAAAGGGCAGGUGUCGGCGCGACGGCGUUUACCUGAAUUUGGAGUUCGGCAGAAUGCGACGAGCAGGCAGGCGGCAGACUUGUUUGCUCCACGCCUGCCUUCCAUGGUGGGCGGCGAGCGGAUUCUCGGAGCUGAAGUAUUAUUGAGGGCCCGUGGCCUCAUGAAGAGCGCGCGGACGGUGCAGUCUUGCAACGCGUUUCAUUGCGUCGUACCUGCUGCAGUCGGAUGUGCUAUGUCGAGCACUCUGGCGAGGACAGCCACUGGCAGUGGCUGGACGUGCGAGCUCAGCCCAGUGCCGCGGACCUACACGAAACAACAAGUCAAAAUAAUGAUGCCACUGAAGGAGUUCACCUUGCUUCACUCCCCUGCUGGACGCAAUAUGUUUAAGAAGCUGCUGAAGAGUCUUGAUUCCACGCCUUCCACGCCCAAGAUGGGCAGGGUAGAGCUCCCAGAUGUGGGGGAGGGGGAUGUAUACUACAUCUCAACGACAGAUACAUCAGUAAUCGGGAAAGAUUGGUCUUCGGAUAGCGAAAGCUCAUCUUCACCACGGUCACCAAUUGCGCCAUGGCGUAGACCGCUCACUCCGCAGCCAAAUGGAUUGAAGCCGCGGCGCAGGCCUUCUGCGCCACAGCCGGACUCUCCGCUGAGCCCCCGUCGUGGCUCAUCCUCGUCGCAGACUGAAGGACGGAAGCCCAUCAGCCGGUCUUCCACACCGAGGGUCGAGGAUAGAGGUUGCAGUAGGUCUGCAACGCCACAGCCAGGGCUAUUGCAGGUAACAGAGCGAACUUCGUCGCCUGUGCCUGCGAAAUCUGUCCCCAAGGGUAUUCUCAAGCCUGCGCCUCCACCACAGCCAGUCACUCUCCACUGGCAGUUACUGCCUUACGAAGCCCCGAAGUCCAAGAAGAAACUCUACUUCGACGUAGCACAUCCUCCGCACCUCAUCCGAGAUCACUCGCACAUGCCGCCAGUCGUCUUGCACUCUGCUGAUAUGGAGAAAUUAGCGUCAGAGAUUCCCUUGACUGAGAUGAACAUUCGCUGCUCGCAGCUCCCACAUUGGGACAUCGAGGUCUCGCCUUCACGCCCAGGCGGCGUUCGAUGUUUUGACGUCUUCCAGGCGAUUUAUGAGACGUUUCACUGCGUGUUAUCGCCAACGGAGAAGGACUACUAUAUCCCCGCAGAGCGUCUCGCUAGAUGCGAAGCAGCGUUCCGCGCUCGAUGCAAGGCAACACCUGGCCUACGGGACGUCGAGUUGAGCCAUGGGAUGCGGCGUGUCGACAUUCUGGAAGGACGGACGAUCUUCAUGGGGCUGAGGCGGCCGAUACCUAGUGAUGACAAGCCGGAUCGGUAUUGGGUGCUUGAACUUGGGUUUCCGCAGAACUCGCGCUGACGUCGUUGACGACGUAUUAUGUUUAUCAUGUUCGCGCUACCUGUCACGGACUGGACUGGAUCCUGAUAUCCACGUCGGACUGCAACACUCAUUUGUGCAUACCACCCCAUACUCUCUUGUCGCCAUCUGAUACCUCCACUCCGGCCAAUUGGACCCGUUGUUUAUAGUGUCCCCCUCACCCACCCCUCUCAUCACAUGCUGCAUCACCACAUGUCUCUAGCGGACCGUCUCGGUCCUGGAUCACCCGAUCUUCGCACACGGACCCUCAUGUAUACUAGUCAUCCCUUGUCAGUGCCUUGCAAUGCAGAUACUACGAUUG